GAAACGUGCAGGUGGGCGCGUGCAGCAGGUGACGCUAAUUAUGGGUCCUCCGAAGGUUAGACCGUCUCAUUUCAGUUCUCUUCGCGAACUUCUGAGGCUUCCACCUUGAAAUGCUCAUAAGGUUGCAGCCCUUGAAUUGGGACACAGCUUAUGACCGAAACACAAACAUCGUGGACAAAUCUUGAGCGACCUCUAGUGUGUAACAACAUAAAUAAAAGCCAACCUGCACUUUGUUGUGGACUUUUAUUUUGAAACGUAAUUUCAGCUGGCGCGAAACUUGUGUGUCUGUGGAAGAUCAUGAGCAACUACACAAGUCUAUCUGACAAUUGAGACGUUCAUUAAAACACGAGUGAUUUGUGUGAAUUCUGAAUCCUGAUUCAACGAAUCGGAUACAAGGAUGGUUCAAAUAAUCAUCUCAAAUGGUGCUGGUGAGGGCCCCGCUGAAUGGCUUCUGGUGGAACUGCAGGGUGAAAUGGUGUCAAGGCACAACUCUGGACUAGCGGGACACCUGAUGGGCGACCUUCACUACACUAAAGAGGGUGUUCCAAUCCUAAUAGUUGGACAUCACAUUCUCUACGGCAAGCAAGUUAAACUCGAGAAGCCCUUUGCUGUUCUGAUGAAGCAAUCUGGUGCCUCUCAAGAUGCUGAGGAAAGCAUGGAAACCAACCAAGACAGACCAACUUCUUACACAGUCUCAGCCCUCAUCAAAAAGAAACUUAUCUUUAAAACCCGGCCCAAGCCCAUCAUCACUAAUGUGCCAAAGAAAGUGUAGACAACGGCCAGAAAACACAGACAAAUCAACCACAGAGACACUUGGACAGUUUGUUUGCUCUUUUGCUGCAUAUUUAUAUGCAGUGAAGUCUGAUUAUAUAAAAAUAUGCUUAUAUUACUAUGGAUGAAUACUAUAUAGCUAUAGUGUUUAAGGUAGCUAUGUUCCAGUGACUGUAUGCAAGUGAAAAAUUAAAUUGCAUGGUGGAUUUAUUGUUAAAAUAUGCUGUUGCAUUUGUUAUUGAGAACAAAGUUCCUGUUGUUUACUGUGUGAAAUGUUAAAUGGAUCCUCUGAUGAUAAUGAACAAAAAACUACACAUUUUAAAUCAAAGUUUUAUUGUCUCAAAACAUUUACAAGUGUUUGCAAAAAUACAAAGACAUGGCCAGACUUAAGGUAUCCCUUCAGACAUACUGUACUUAAGAAUAGACAUAAAUACAUAAAACAUUAUUGAUAUCAUUUAUUAUCCUAAAAGACCAUGAUGAUCAUUUUAGGUAUUAUAUUAUGUACUAGUGACGCCCACAAUAAAUGGCGUUUAAUGUUUCA